AUGAGGCACCAAUGUCUUACGCUCGGUAGCAUCGCGGCCGCCUUCCCGCAGCUCUUCUUCUCGCUAGUCGCAGCGCAGGCUGGUGGGACCGUCUUCAGCGGCUUCCCCAAGCCGCCCAUCUUUCCUACCGGUGUCGACUCCAGCGAUGAUUCAACGGUGACAUUGACGGGGACGGACACCGUAUCUGACUUCACCCAAAUCCGCAUCAUUGGCGAUGUGACGGGUGCGAAGACAGUCCUGGGAACAUGGACACCGGGCAGUGAGCCAUCAGACUCUGACGACACCAGUCUGCCGGUCACGUUAGAAGUGUCAGAAGAACGAACGCCGGGAAAGCCUCCUGUUGCCAAAUUAAAGAUUCACUUCCGACAGUUCGAGGCGUCAUGGAACACUCUUAUGAGUGUCCAGGCUGUCCUGGGAUCCACGUCAGGCACAGGUGUCUCAUCCACAUCAAGCUUUGACUUUGUGAUCACGACGACAGGAUUCCAGGAUUUCCCAAACAGGAUCCAGCAACACCAGGCUCAGAAUAGUGCACCAGUACUGAGCACGAGUGCCGCAGAGUUGCCCACACCUCCCCUCCCCCCUCCGCCGCCGCCGCCGCCUCCUCCUGGUGCUACCACGUCGUCGCAGUCUUCCACUGCCGUCCUGACGACGUUGACAGCAGCUACAAGUGAGAAGACGACACAGUCUCAAGGCGGAUUUUCCACCAUAACUGUGUCUUCGGACAGUAAAACUACUUCGUCCUCCUCUUCUUCAUCUUCUUCCUCAUCAAGCAGCUCCAGCACCACGAGCUCAGCAACACGGACAAGUAGUUCGACAACUCUGCCAGUCAGGACAGGGGUACCCUCAACAACGACUGGAAAGAGCGGUGCUGGCAGGCCGACAACGGGCGCGGAGACGGUCAGUGACGCGCCAGGCAUGUCGGCGGGCGCCAAAGUGGGAAUCGCUCUGGGCGUCAUCAUCGCGAACGCCAUCAUCAUCGGAAGUCUGGUCUUCAUCUGCGUCAAGCGGGGCCGCCAAGUACCCAUACCCGGUUUCUCUCGCCGGCGGGAAAAGACCGCCGACGCCCAGGUCGAGACGGGCGCCACUGCCACCCCCACUAAAGCCGCGCGCCCGCGCCAUAUACCCAUCGUGAUCAGGGUGGAGGAGACGGAGCCGGCAGCCACCUCUGCCGCACCGACCGGAGAGCUCGAUGCCGAGCGCGGACCCUACGAGCUUGAAGGAUCGACCAGCUGGUACCGCAAGUCACUUCUGGCAGUGAACCUGGCAGUCAAGUCAGCCGGCAAGAGCAUCCGCUCGGCAAGAACAUCGCGCAUGGAGGAGCAGCGCAGGAGCUUCGACGCCGACACGGAGACCGUGUACACGCGGAGCUUGCGGACGAGGAUGAGCACCGCGAGUAGCGAGCCUCCGCUGCCGACACCCUCGGACUAUGUAGGGAGAGACAGGAGGUUUACGUUUGGCGCGAGGGCGGACACGCCCGUCGCUGAGGGUCCGAGCAGCCCGAGCAGGAGUUCGCAGGGCAGUCAGUUUAGUGCGAGGCCGACUACAAAAAGUCUGACGCUGCCGAGGCGGGAUAGUUAA